AUGACCUUCGCCUUCAGGCUUCUGGGCUCUGUUUCCCUCCUCUUGCACCUCAGUUUCUUGGGCUCCAGAGCCAUUGUACAGCAAACAGAGCUUGACCCUGACACAUUAAGCUUAAUUUCUUUCAAGGAUUCUCUUGAAAAUCCGCAGCUUUUGACUUCAUGGACACUUGCCACUUCACAUUGUCGUUGGCAGGGUGUGUAUUGCCAAAACGGCCGAGUUAUCUCUCUCGUUCUUCCGGAUUGCUCGCUCAGAGGACCACUAUCUCUCUCCAUUUUCAACCUCACCAGCCUCAUUGUACUUGACUUCUCGUCCAACUUGUUCUACGGAGAAAUCUUACCCCAAAUUGCUUCGCUUCAGAGGCUCAAAGUCUUAGACUUUGGCGGUAAUCUGUUGUUCGGCGAGUUACCAAGCCAACUGGGUGAGUUGACUCGUCUUGAAGUCCUCACCCUCGGUCCCAACCUCUUCACUGGUGUCAUUCCGCCGGAGCUCGGAAACUUGGCCAAGCUUCGUUCUCUGGACCUCUCCGGCAAUGCACUCACAGGGAAUAUCCCAACCCAGAUUGCCAAUCGAUCCCGCCUGCAAGUAUUAGCCAUUGGCAAUAACCUUCUCUCAGGUUCUCUUUCACCAACUCUCUUCUCAAAUCUUCAGUCUUUAACCUCUUUAGACGUUUCAAACAACUCUCUCUCCGGCCACAUUCCCCCGGAAAUUGGCAGGCUAACAAACCUCACGGACCUUUACCUCGGCAUCAACCAUUUUUCCGGUGAGUUACCGCCAGAAAUCGGUGAACUUUUCAACCUUCAAAUUUUCUUUUCACCCUCUUGUUCUUUCAGCGGGCCAUUGCCCGAAACGUUCUCCAAGCUUAGGUCCUUGAGUAAGCUUGAUCUUUCCUACAACCCUUUAAAGUCUUCAAUCCCAAAAUCGAUAGGGAAGCUUCUAAAUUUGUCUAUAAUAAACUUAGUCUACACCGAGCUGAAUGGUUCAAUACCCCCUGAACUUGGAAACUGCAGAAAUUUGAAAACUUUAAUGCUUUCUUUCAACUCACUCUCCGGGCCUUUGCCAGAAGAGCUUGCAGAAUUGAGCAUGGUCUCAUUUGCGGCGGAAAAGAAUCAGCUUUCUGGUCCUUUACCUUCUUGGCUUGGCAGAUGGACUCAGAUUGAUGCUCUCUUACUCUCGAAUAAUCAUUUUUCGGGGAAAAUUCCGGCUGAGAUUGGGAAUUGUACAAUGCUUACUCACAUUAGUCUUAGUAAUAAUUUGUUGACAGGCCGAAUUCCAGGUGAACUUUGCAAUGCUGUUGCGCUUUUGGAGAUUGAUCUUGAUAGCAAUUUUCUUACUGGGACCAUUGAAGAUGCUUUUGUCGAGUGUACUAAUCUAACUCAGCUGAUUUUGGUGGAUAAUCAAAUUGUGGGCUCAAUACCAGACUAUCUUUCACGGCUUCCUCUAAUGGUUCUUGAAUUGGAUUCCAAUAACCUUACGGGUCCUAUUCCGGUGAGUUUGUGGAAUUCUAUGAAUCUGAUGGAAUUCUCUGCAGCAAACAAUUUCUUAGAGGGCACUCUUCCAGGGGAAAUUGGUAAUGCAAUUUCACUUCAGAGGCUUGUUCUAGCUAACAAUCAGUUAAAAGGAUUCAUUCCAAGGGAGAUUGGAAACUUAACUGCUCUCUCUGUCUUGAAUUUCAAUUCCAAUUUGCUUGAUGGGAGGAUUCCCAGUGAGAUUGGGAAUUGCACUGCUCUUACGACAUUGGACUUAGGUAGAAACAGGAUUAAUGGUUCAAUUCCGGAGGAUUUAGCUGAUUUGCCUCAACUUCAAUGCUUGGUUCUUUCUUACAAUGAUCUUUCUGGGAUUAUUCCUAUGAAAAAGUCCAAGUAUUUCCAUCAUGUUAGUAUUCCAGAUUCGAGCUUUGUUCAGCACCAUGGAGUUUAUGAUCUGUCAAACAAUAUGUUGUCUGGUUCUAUACCUGCAGAACUUGGAAACUGUGUGGUUUUGGUGGACCUUUUGCUCAGCAACAACAUCCUCUCUGGCGAGAUUCCCAGAUCGCUUGCUGGUUUGACGAAUCUCACAACUUUAGAUUUAUCUGGGAAUUUACUUACAGGUAGUAUUCCUGAGGAAUUUGGUGAGUCGCUGAAGUUACAGGGCUUCUAUCUCGGGAAUAAUCAGCUCACAGGAGAAAUUCCUGAAAGCCUUGGUCAAUUGAGUGGACUGGUCAAGCUAAAUUUGACUGGUAAUAAGCUAUCCGGUUCGGUGCCUUCCAGUUUUGGGGAUUUGAAUGGGCUUACUCACUUGGACUUGAGCUCAAAUGAGCUCAAUGGUGAGCUUCCUUCAUCCAUUUCGGAAAUGGUAGACCUUGUGGGCCUGUAUGCUCAGAAAAAUAGUCUUACAGGUCAUUUGGACAGUCUUUUAUCUAACUCCAUGCAGUGGAGAAUAGAAAUCCUGAAUUUAAGUGAUAAUCACCUUGAUGGUCUGCUCCCAAGAUCAAUUGGGAGUAUGUCGUAUCUGACAUCAUUAGAUCUUCACAGAAAUGAUUUUACUGGAGAAAUACCCUCCGAGCUUGGCAAUCUCCUGCAACUUGAGGAUUUGGAUCUCUCAAGCAACAAACUUUCUGGGCAAAUUCCUGAAAGAAUAUGUGGGUUAGGCAAUUUGAUUUCUGCGAAUUUCACAGACAAUAGAUUGGUGGGCCCUGUCCCUGAAAAUGGAAUUUGCCAAAAUCGAUCAAAACUUUUGCUUGAUGGGAACAAGGAUCUGUGUGGAGGAACUGCGAGCCUCGAAUGCCAUAUCAAAAGGUUUGGGAGGAGAUGGCCACUGCUAAAUAUUUGGGCGCUGGUAACAGUUAUUGUCAUAGCUAUGUUAAUUGCUCUUUCUGUGGCUGUUGUGCGACAGGCAUGGAUUAAUAGGAGUACCAGGAAAAAUGAUCCAGAGUAUGCUGAGGAUAGCAAAUUGAAUAGUUCUACAGAUCAGCAUCUAUGUUUCUUGAGUAGCAGCCGAUCAAAAGAGCCUCUAAGCAUUAACAUUGCUAUGUUUGAGCAGCCGCUCCUCAAACUGACAAUAGUUGAUAUUCUUGAAGCCACCAACAACUUUUGCAAGACUAAUAUAAUUGGUGAUGGUGGGUUUGGAACCGUUUACAAAGCAACAUUGCCUUGUGGAAAGAUAGUGGCAGUUAAGAAGCUCAACGAAAAUAAAACACAGGGUCAACGGGAAUUUUUGGCAGAAAUGGAGACUUUAGGAAAGGUAAAGCAUCGAAAUCUGGUGCCAUUACUUGGGUACUGCUCUUAUGGCGAGGAAAAGGUGCUUGUCUAUGAGUAUAUGAGCAAUGGCAGCUUAGACCUUUGGCUGAGAAAUCGAAGUGGGACUCUUGAGUUGCUAGAUUGGAAGAAACGCUACAAAAUUGCUGUAGGUGCUGCACGGGGGAUAGCAUUUCUUCAUCAUGGUUUUACUCCUCACAUAAUUCACAGGGAUAUUAAAGCCAGUAAUAUCCUACUCAAUGAAGAUUUUGAGCCGAAAGUUGCAGAUUUUGGUUUAGCAAGAUUGAUCAGCGCGUAUGAGACUCAUGUAAGUACCGAUGUUGCUGGUACAUUUGGGUAUAUUCCUCCAGAGUACGGCCAGAGCUGGAAGUCAACAACAAGGGGGGACGUUUAUAGCUUCGGUGUGAUUUUGCUUGAAUUGGUUACGGGGAAGGAGCCAACAGGGCCUGAUUUCAAGGACAUUGAAGGCGGGAAUUUGGUCGGUUGGGUUUUCAUGAAAAUCAGAAGUGGUCAGGCUGCAGAAGUCCUUGACCCGGUGGCGCUUGACGCAGAUUCAAAGCAAAUGAUGCUUCAGACUUUGCAGAUUGCUGCAUCAUGCCUGUCUGAUAAUCCUACAAAACGUCCUACAAUGCUUCAUGUGGUGAAAUUCUUGAAAGGUAUUAAAGAAGAGUAGAUAUGUGUUUAGUUGUUCUUCAUGUGUUGGGAUUACUUGUUAUCAUAACAUACUUCGUACUGUAGUACAGUUACUGAUCUUAAUGAAGCUCGGGUAGUGAUCUUUCCAAUGUGCUCAGAAAAUCCCAAUAAAUUUGUAGCCCUGAAGGCCUUAGUUAUCAACUUGAUUAUCUCAUGCUACUGCAAGA